AUGUCAAGCUCUUCCAGCGACACAUCAAGCAGCUCUUCACUUUCAUCAGAACCGACCAGCCAGAUCUCCAUGGUUCAGGAUCAAACCCUGCUGGACAUUGCCUCCAUCACUAGAUUGGCCCCGGGAGAAUCACCAAACCCUCAACCAUUUGAGCAAAGAAAUGAAAAUUUAGCAAUAUCGUGUUCCAGCCUGCUCGGAGCAAGGACUAUUCCGGCAUCUUGCCCAGCCAGCCCCAGGCUCAGUCUAACACCCAGCUCAGCCAAGCCACAGCAAUACUCUGACUCCUCUCCAGUCAGUCCAGGGAUCAAUGCAACCUCCUUCUAUACCUUUUGUCCUCACACAGCACAAAACGUACAAGCUUCAGCAUCAGAUCACACACUGACCCCAACCACAAAAAGCACAAGGCCUCCAGCAACAACAACUCCUGAAGAGAGUUCCCAGUCUCCUGGCUAUUCCAAAACUGGAUUAAAGAAUACAGGAAAGGGCUUUGGAUCAGAUCUGGAAGACCCUGAUCAUGAACGGAGAUUUGUAACUGUGAAGGAAUUCCAAGCCAUGGAGAAAGAACUAGAGGACGUAAAAGAAGAACUGAAAUGCCUGAAAUGGAAAGUGAGACACAUUGGUGAGACUGUGCAGCCCCUGGCCGAAGACAGCAAGCGUUACAACGGCUAUACCCUGACGGAGCUCAAGGCGAUGGUGCAGUUUGAAGACGACCCUUACAAGGCUGCCCACAAGAUCCUAACUGCGCUCUUCAGCGACGUCUACUUGCUACAGCACUCUGUCACCGAACAGGCCUGCAACUCCCGAUCUCUGCCCAAGCCCAAAAUAGACCCAGAGCUGUACACGGUGUACUGUGACAUUCUGAAAAGCAUAUUCCCUGGAAUUAGCAGCCAGACCUUGAGGGAAGAGACACAACACGUGCAGAAAGGCACCUGGAAAGAAGUACAAUAACACCAGAGCCCACAUGAUGUUCUGCAGAGCGAGAAGUUUCCAAUGCUUUUAGAGGACUGAACUGUGGUAGGUACCGUCGGUUGAGUCUAUCCCUUCUAGGUGUGGAUCAUCUCUAAAGAUACUGGUGAGCUCUGAGCCCUUCAUGCCACUUGCCCGAUGAGACAGGGUGGGAAGGCAUUCUGCAUACUUCCCGCAUUUUAGAAAAAAAUUGCCCCCUUGGUGUCUCUUUCAAUAUAUGGACGUUUCCUUGUUUCCAGCAACUACAAGUGCUGACAAAAGAAUUCAGAGAAGGCCUUGUAUGUCCAAGCAAGGGCCUUCUCCCAGUCCCAAACAGACCAACCAACCAGCAACUGGGUAGUUUCUAUUUUCUAGAGUAUAUCAUUCAUUAAAUGACAUUACUUGU